AUGCCAUCUCAGCCGAGGAAGAUCGCACUGAUCACCGGAAUCACCGGCCAAGACGGAUCGUACCUGACCGAGUUUUUGCUCGGGAAAGGCUACGAAGUUCACGGUCUGAUCCGCCGAUCGUCGAAUUUCAACACCCAGAGAAUCAACCAUAUCUACAUCGAUCCACACAAUGUCCACAAAGCUCUGAUGAAGCUCCAUUACGCCGAUCUCUCCGACGCAUCCUCUCUCCGUCGUUGGCUCGAUGUGAUCAAGCCAGACGAAGUCUAUAACCUAGCCGCUCAAUCUCACGUCGCUGUCUCCUUCGAGAUCCCUGAUUACACAGCCGAUGUAGUCGCAACCGGAGCUCUCCGUCUCCUUGAAGCCGUCAGAUCUCACUCAACCGACAGUGGCCGGAGCAUCAAAUACUACCAAGCCGGAUCUUCUGAGAUGUUCGGGUCAACUCCUCCUCCGCAAUCGGAGACGACACCGUUUCAUCCCAGAUCUCCUUACGCUGCUUCCAAAGUCGCUGCUCAUUGGUACACUGUGAAUUACCGUGAAGCUUAUGAUAUAUUCGCAUGUAAUGGGAUUCUGUUCAAUCAUGAGUCACCUCGUAGAGGUGAGAAUUUCGUGACGAGGAAGAUCACAAGAGCAUUGGGAAGGAUCAAGGUGGGUUUGCAGAGGAAGCUAUUCCUUGGGAAUCUACAGGCUUCAAGAGAUUGGGGAUUCGCUGGAGACUAUGUGGAGGCAAUGUGGUUGAUGUUGCAGCAAGAGAAACCAGAUGAUUACGUUGUGGCGACAGAGGAGUCACAUACAGUGGAGGAGUUUCUUGAGGUUUCGUUUGGGUAUUUGGGACUUGAUUGGAAAGAGUAUGUGGAGAUUGAUAAGAGAUAUUUCAGGCCGACUGAAGUAGAUAACCUUAAAGGAGAUGCAAGCAAGGCAAAACAAGUGUUGGGUUGGACACCAAAAGUAGGGUUUGAGAAGCUGGUGAAGAUGAUGGUUGAUGAAGAUCUUGAGCUUGCUAAGAGGGAGAAAGUGCUUGUUGAUGCUGGUUACAUGGAUGCUCAGCAACAACCUUGA